AUGGCAAGAGGCAGAGGAGAGAGAGAAGACUAUGAGAAGAACCCGGGUUUGCUCUCACUCUUGCAAGUUCUCUCAUUCUUGGUUGUUUUGUUGCCGGGGGUCGUUAUAGGAUUAGCAACAAGCGCGCAUAUUAAUCGGCAUUUUGGUUCACAAACUGAGAUUUACUCCUUCAUUAAUCACUUCUCCUCCAAUAAGCCAAAUGAGGAGGAAAAUUGUACCAUUGUGCAAGGUUGCGAGAAGGUUGAUUGUUUGAGCAUGGAGACGUUUCUUCAACCGAAGAAUUUGACACACGAUAUGUCUGAUGAUGAGCUCUUUUGGAGAGCUUCAAUGGUGCCCGGGAAGGAAGACUUUCCAUUCGAGAGAGUGCCUAAAGUGGCUUUCAUGUUUUUGAGUAGAGGACCUUUGCCCCUGAUGCCAUUGUGGGAGAGGUUUUUUCAAGGCCGUGACAAGUUUUUCUCGAUUUACGUGCACGUGCUUCCAGGGUAUAAGCUCAAUGUAUCUAGCACCUCUCCCUUUUAUGGACGCCAAAUUCCCAGUCAGCUUGUUUCAUGGGGAACAGUAACACUAGUUGAUGCAGAGAGGCGCCUUCUAUCCAAUGCCUUGCUUGACUUCUCAAAUCAGCGCUUUGUUCUUCUCUCCGAGAGCUGCAUCCCAGUCUAUAAUUUCCCUACUGUCUACAAGUAUCUCAUUGGCUCUAACCAUAGCUUUGUUGAGUCGUACGAUGAUCCUGGCCGUUAUGGACGUGGUCGUUACAGCCGAAAAAUGCUUCCUGAGAUUGAACUCUAUCAAUGGAGGAAAGGGUCUCAGUGGUUUGAACUUAGCCGUACGUUAGCAAUUUACAUAGUCUCAGAAACAAAGUACUACACCCUCUUCAGCAGGUAUUGCUUGCCUGCUUGCUACCCGGAUGAGCAUUACAUGCCAACUUACUUCAACAUGUUCCAUGGAUCGCUAAACUCAAAUCGGACUGUGACUUGGGUUGACUGGUCGCUGGGAGGUCCACACCCUGCAACAUACGGGGGAGAUAACAUUACAGAAGAUUUUGUACGAUCGAUACGAAACAAUGGAGCACUAUGUCAGUACAAUUCAGAGAUGACAUCUAUUUGUUACCUAUUUGCUAGGAAGUUUGCACCAAGUGCAUUGGAGCCAUUGCUGGAGCUGGCCUCAUCAGUGAUGGAAUUUUGA